UAAUGAGAAAGAAAUAUUGCGGUAGUCCUGGAUCUAUUCUGCUGUCUGCUUCAUUUAUGUUUGUGUGCAUUCCUUGAAAAACCAGUCAUACUGCUGUAUCUGACGCAUAAAAGCAGACUUGUAAUUUUCCUUGUUGAAGCAACUUUGUUUAGGACACACUGAAUCUAUCGGGUUCGUAGUAUCUCGCAUAAAAUGGUCAGUAGGCCGACGCCUGUGCCAAUGCCGUGUGUGUUUACAAACAUGAGCCCCAUUGCUGAAUUCAGUGAAAAAUGGAUGAUAUCUAGACCUGUGGCUUGGGCAUUCAACAUCAUACGAAUUCCUUUGAACACAUAAAUUUUGGUUACACAUUUUGUUACGUGUAGUGUCAGGUAUAUGAGCGAAAGCUUGAAAGAGCUGAAAAUGAUGGCCUGCAUUCAAAUUUUAUUGACAGUAAUAAGGAUUUCUUUUGCAAUGGCCUCAUUGCCUCCUCAACUGAUUUUGAACAAAACUGCUAUGGACAUUUAUGAAGAGAGUUUUGAAAGAGUGUGUGAUCUUCAGCAAGCGAGUGUUGGACUAUACCUUAAACCAUGGCAAGAGAUACCUCAACAUGCCCAGGGGUGCUGGGUACCAUAUUUUGGACCGCAAGGUCAUGGACUUCUUCCUGAAGAGGUUCACAUAGUUCACAUCACGGACAUCAACAGAGUAAUUGAAACUCUUCCACAUCCCAAACAAAUCAUUGUAACAGUAAAUUUGCAAUUGAAUGAUUCUUUCUGUCAAAACAGUGCAGAUGAUGAGUUUCAAUCAGGACUACGCAAAGCCAAUUUUGAACUCUCUAAUAGCAAUAUAGGGAUUGGAAAUAUUGAAAAAAAUAUUCCAUCUAUUCUGCAGUUCAGAGAUUUCCCCAAUCGUGCUCCAUCAAAAACUUUGACAUUUACCAGUGGACAAAACUCAAGGCCCCCGAUUUCAUCAAAUCCAAAGGAGCAAAUUAUCCAGCGACCUCUUGUACUUCUUUUAACUUCAGACCAACCUGUUACUUGGAAAAUAAAAGAAGGUGCUUGUUGGAAGCAGGAAGUGGUGAGCAAAGUUCAAGCAAUUGUUGAAAGAGAGUCUGCAGUUGUUUCAGAUAUUGCAUUAGAGGUUCUUUCAAAGACAUGGGUGAAACGAAUCAAUAGAAAAAGUAUUCAGAGAUAUGCAAGGAGAACAUUUCAUGGGGUUGCUUCUUUUACUCAGGCUAAAGCUGCAAAUGCAAUAAAUAUUAGUGUUGGUCCUUAUGGAUCGCCUCAUGAGAUUACACACUCGGUGCCAUUGCGAGAUAAAAAUAAGCUGAAUUUCUGUGACUUCAACUCUCGUGAGGAUAGUCAAGUGGUAACAGCCUCUCUUAUCAUGCCACUGUCUUUUCAGUACUGUGUUUUGGGGCAGUCAAAUUCAACAAAAUCAUUUGUAAUUGAAAUUCAACAAUCCCAGUUGUCAGCAGGAAGGAAGAGACAAAAAGGAUCAGCCGAUUUUCCUGGACCUGGGCCUACUGUCACAAAUUUACCUCGCACUGUUAUCUAUUUGUCUGAUAACAUGACUCAUCAAGCUCAUCAAGCUAGGGAAAAAGAAAAUUUUCAUUCACAAAAUGUAACUAUUUUUCUUAAAUCGUAUCAACCUAUUCAAUGGGUAGUUUUUCCAUCAGUGCAGCAUACUAAUUUAAAUAUUGUGACCAGUUCUACUGACAUUAUUGAUUGCACCAAUAAUUGUGGUACAUCUAUAACAUUAUCAAAUCGUUUACUUCCCCAAGUUGGAUUUGACUUACUGUAUGAAGUUUUGACUGAGACAAACACUCAAGUCUAUUAUUUCAGAGUCGAACAUGUGACCGGCCUAGCUUUAACAAUUGAAGGAUUGAGUGAUGAAACCAUUCAUGAGCCAGCCAAGGCUCGUAAAAACAACACAUCUCUCUUUGGCUUCCCAUCAACAGCACUUAACCAAGAAGAUAGUUCAUCUGAUAUUACUAAUGAUUUUAAUGAAAGGAAGAAACAAAUUCUGACUAUCCUGAAGUCUGAAAUGAUUAUAGUUUGUGGAAAAUUAAUGCUAGAAGUAUUUUUGCCUGCACCAAAUCUAGUUGAGCUAGGUGUUAAAGUUAUCUCUUUACAUGACAAAUCCUGUCAAUCCCACACCAAUGGCUCUCAUUUCAUCUUGGCAAGUUUGCUGAAAGAUUGUGGCUCUGAUGUUCAUACAACAGAUGGCCAGGCAUCUGUCAUCUCUAAUGAAGUGAUUGUUGAUAUUGCAACUUCUAACAUUCAAAGUGAUCAAGUUCUAUCUACUCCAAAGGCUAUUAAUCCUCAGUUGGCUCAAAUAGGAGUCCCUAUUGCAUGUGGUUGGAAUGAGGAUUAUGUUAGGUCCAUCUUCAACUCAAGAGGAGAUUUACCCUCAGAGGAGGAUGAGGAAAUUGAUACAUCAAGCUCACGGAGCCCAUCAAUAUACCAACUCGAGCUGUAUUAUCAAGAUUCUCUUUCAGAAAAUUUGUCUCCCAUAAAAAAUAAAAAGCUUGUGAAGGUUUUUGACAGAAUUUACGUUAGAGCUUGGAUGGAUGAUGCACCCUAUGCACAAGCUGUAAUGGAAAGUUGUUGGAUCAACAACUCACCCCAUUCUUCAUUAUGGCACUCACAGGAGAAAAAUGUUCUUAUCAGUGGCAUGUGUCCAACGGAGAAACAUGUUAAUUUGGAACCACAAUCACUUGCACUUUCACCAUCCAAAACCAGAUCAUUUUUGUUUAGCUUCCAGAUUUUAAAGGACUUCGCUUUCAUUGGCCAUGAGAUUUACGUGCACUGUCAAAUUGGUGUUUGCCUUUCUGAUCUCAAAUACUCUAAGGGAAAACCAGUCCUUUGUGUCGAUCCUCGCGAGUUUUGCCUUCAUCAGAAGCUUCUCCCUCAAAGUAGCAAAUUAAUUUCCACUGCUCAUCAGGUGCUUACACGAGGGCCGCUUCUUCUUUCCUCUAUCAGUCAGUCUUUCACUCCAAUCUUUUCUUUAGACACUAAAUGUACUGACGAAACAGUCUUCCCAUUUUCAUCCUCAAUCAGUAUGCACAUGACUGUAACAAUAGCCAUAUGCUCAUUUAUUAUUGGGAUUGGACUUACUGCAAGCCUGUGGUUGAUUCAUCACAAGACAGAACCCAAGCAAGGGGGAUAUCAUACCAGAGGACACUCACUUGGCUCUCAGUCAGCAGUCUUGGGUAGUAGCCUUUCACCACAUUCUGCCUGCUGUUCUACAAACUCACAAUCAGUAAUUACUUCAUAGAGAAGAUUAUUUGAUGAACCCAGACAAAAUUGUUCAGGGUUUUCUAAAUAUUUGCAUAUUUGCCUUAUAACAGUACUCUCUUAAAAAUCCAUGUACUGUGUCUGUAUUUCCAUGGUUGUUCUUCAUGUGAUUUCUAAAGAAAGCUAUCUAUCUGGACUUAAAAUAAUGUACCCUAGAUAAUUAGAAUUUUAAAAACAAAUGUACUUUUUAGUGUAGAUGUAAAUUUUAUGUUAUCAUUUACAUACCUACUAUGAAACUCUGAAAACUGCUAGCAAAAUACAAUACCCAUGAACAAUGCUGAAUUCAAAGUCUAAUCAUAGUUCUCUUUACCCAGGGGAUGGAAAUCUGUGAAAUUAAAAGACAUCAAGUGAAGUGAAGUCAUUGGUCAAAAUUAAGUCAUCUUGACUGUCAGAAUUGACAUGAUUUGACAGUCUCGUGGGAUCAUUUCAGGCCUUUGGGUAAGGCGCAAAAUGGAUAUCAUGGCAAAAGAACUUCACUGUCCCUGCUUUGAUCUGAGUGUUCCCCCUGGGUGAAGUUAGGUUCAAUAAAUACAUGCUGAUGCAGAGCAAUAUCAGUUCACCUACAAGUACAAAAACGUUAUUGAAAUGUAUGUAAGCCCUUUCCCUUUUAAGUAGUCAACUCAAACAAGUUCUAACGGGAGGCUAUGAAUGUAAAGAAAUCUACACCCAGUGACCUGCUUUUGUGAUUUAUAACUUAUUUAUUACUCCAUUUAUAUAUCUAACUAAAAUGUAAGUUUAUACUGCUUUUGUAACAAGGUGAUCACAUUGCCCUUAGUUUACUGUUUAGUGCUUUAACUUAUCUUCAAAAAAAAUGAUUGAUACUAAAUGUGUAGUUCUUGUAUUAAAUGUAGACACCUGCAGGCCUGUGAACCCAAGGCCAAAGUCUGAGUACAACGUAGUCUCCCUGCCGUGUGCUUAUGUUCACAGAAUGAAUUAAUAUCAGCUGUUAAAACUGUAAAAGAAGGCAAAAUGUAAACAAUAUGCCAAGUUGAUUCACAAUGUUCAUAAGCCCCUCCAGCAUAUUCAGAAAUAAGUCACAAAUGGCCAUAUAUUCUCAGAAGACAGACGAUCACUGAUCAUUUACGAAACAGUCAGGAUUGUUUUUAAAACAAGCAAACAACAGCAUUGUGCAUAGUACUCCCAUUUACUGCAAUUACCAGUACGUAAGAAGACGAUAAAGACACCGCUGUGGCAAGUGCUUAAAAAUGUUAUUAAAAAUACAGUGCUUAAAA